UAUAAAAGCCGAAGCCUUAUAUGAACUCGCCUCUUCUGCGAAACAAACCCUAUCGCACAACCCUUCACUGAAGCAGAAGCAGCACCAGCCGCCAUGGUGAAGUACUCCAAAGAGCCCGAUAAUCCCACCAAGUCUUGCAAAGCAAGGGGCUCUGACCUCAGAGUUCAUUUCAAGAACACAAGGGAGACUGCCUUCUCAAUCAGGAAGAUGUCCUUGAUUAAGGCAAAGCAAUAUCUGGAGGAUGUUUUGGUUCACAAGCAAGCCAUUCCAUUCAGACGUUUCUGCCGUGGUGUUGGGCGUACAGCUCAGGCCAAGAACAGGCAUUCCAAUGGCCAGGGACGCUGGCCUGUGAAAUCUGCCAAGUUCAUUUUGGAUUUGCUUAAGAAUGCUGAGAGCAAUGCUGAAGUGAAGGGUUUGGAUGUUGACUCUCUUGUUGUAUCUCACAUCCAAGUCAACCAAGCACAGAAGCAAAGACGCCGAACAUACCGUGCUCAUGGAAGAAUCAACCCAUACAUGUCAUCUCCAUGCCACAUUGAGCUCACCUUGUCUGAAAAGGAAGAACCAGUGAAGAAAGAGCCAGACUCCCAAUUGGCAACUAGCAAAUCCAGGAAGUCUCAAGCUGUUCGCAGUGGUGGUUCUGCUUGAGUGGCAAUUAGACCUGCCAAUUGAAGAGUUCCUGAUUAUCUUGUUUUUUCGUACUAUGAGAAAUUUUUGUUGCUUAUUAUAUAGUUUGAGAUGUUAUGCAGACAGUUUUUGGACCACCUUGUGUACUGUUAAUUCCAGAUUAUCUUUAGUUUGGAUC